AUGACAGCAGGCGUGCCGGGGACGGUCGGGAAAUCGGGCUGCCAGGUGAAGCCGAGAGGAGAGGGCUACGGCCGCCCCUGGUACCCGCAGUCGAUGCUUAUGAAGCCUGGGGGGCGCGCAGGGCGGGAGGGCGGGGGAAGGGGCGGGAGGAAGGGUAGGGGGGAAGGCAGGGGGAAGGACGGGGGAGGGUGGAAGGGUGGGGGGAUCGGGCUACCAGGUGAAGCCGAGAGGAGAGGGGUACGGCCGCCCCUGGUACCCGCAAAGCCGCGAGGAGAGGGGUACGGCCGCCCCUGGUACCCGCAGUCGAUGCUUAUGAAGCCUGGGAGGCGCAAGAUGGGGAAGGGAGAGGGGGAGGGCAGGGGGGAGGGCAGUUGGAAGGGCAGGGGGAAGGACGGGGGAGGGCGGAAAGGAGGGGCGAAGGCGGUCCCUGUGGAGCAUUAA